UUUUAGUAGCAUCUUUAGACAUCAUUAAACAUCAACUCAGCUGGGAGGAAGGACUGAAAAGCUGCCAAAAUGAGCACGGAUGCAGAGAUGGAGGCCUAUGGCCCUGCGUCGAUAUAUCUCCGCAAGCCAGAAAAGGAGAGGAUUGAGGCUCAAGCCGCUCCAUUUGAUGCUAAAACAGCUUACUUUGUGGUGGAUCCUGAUGAUAUGUACGUCAAGGGUAAACUUGUGAAGAAAGAAGGUGGCAAAGCCACUGUUGAGACAGAAGGAGGGAAGACUGUAACAGUCAAAGAGGAUGAUAUUCAUCCCAGAAAUCCUCCAAAGUUCGACAAAAUUGAGGACAUGGCCAUGAUGACCCACCUCAAUGAGCCUUGUGUGUUGUAUAACCUCAAAGAUCGGUUUGCAUCCUGGAUGAUCUAUACUUACUCUGGCUUGUUUUGUGUCGUUGUGAACCCCUACAAGUGGCUCCCAGUGUACGAUGCUGUUGUUGUUGGGGCAUACAGAGGCAAGAAGAGGAUUGAGGCACCCCCUCACAUCUUCUCUGUCUCUGACAAUGCCUAUCAGUUCAUGCUCACAGAUCGUGAGAACCAGUCCAUCCUCAUCACUGGAGAAUCCGGUGCUGGAAAGACUGUAAACACCAAGCGUGUCAUCCAGUACUUUGCAACAAUUGCAAUGACUGGAUCUAAGAAGGCAGAAGCAGUGUCAGGAAAAAUGCAGGGUUCACUGGAGGAUCAAAUCAUUGCAGCAAACCCUCUGCUGGAGGCUUAUGGUAAUGCCAAAACUGUGAGGAAUGACAACUCCUCUCGUUUUGGUAAAUUCAUCAGAAUCCAUUUCGGAACCAGUGGCAAGCUGUCCUCAGCAGACAUUGAAACGUAUCUGCUGGAGAAGUCCCGUGUCACCUUCCAGCUGUCUGCUGAGAGGAGUUACCACAUCUUCUAUCAACUGAUGACAGGUCACAAGCCUGAGCUGCUAGAGGCUCUAUUGAUCACUACCAAUCCCUAUGACUAUCAUAUGAUCAGUCAGGGUGAGGUGACUGUCAAGAGUAUAAAUGAUGUGGAGGAGUUUAUUGCAACAGAUACUGCAAUUGAUAUCUUGGGUUUCAAUGCUGAUGAGAAGAUCAACAUCUACAAGCUCACUGGUGCUGUGAUGCACCAUGGCAACAUGAAGUUCAAGCAGAAGCAGCGUGAGGAGCAGGCUGAACCAGAUGGCACUGAGGUGGCUGAUAAAAUCGCCUACCUCCUGGGUCUGAACUCAGCUGAUAUGCUGAAGGCUCUGUGCUACCCAAGAGUCAAAGUUGGAAAUGAGAUGGUCACCAAAGGUCAGACCGUCCCACAGGUGAACAACGCUGUCAGCGCUCUGUGCAAGUCUGUCUAUGAGAAAAUGUUCUUGUGGAUGGUCAUCCGUAUCAAUGAGAUGCUGGACACAAAGCAGGCGAGAGCCUUCUUCAUUGGAGUCUUGGACAUUGCUGGCUUUGAGAUCUUUGAUUUCAACAGCUUGGAGCAGCUCUGCAUCAAUUUCACCAAUGAGAAACUGCAGCAGUUCUUCAACCACCACAUGUUUGUCCUGGAGCAAGAGGAGUACAAGAAGGAAGGCAUUGAGUGGGAGUUCAUUGACUUCGGUAUGGACUUGGCUGCCUGCAUUGAGCUUAUUGAGAAGCCAAUGGGCAUCUUCUCCAUCCUUGAAGAGGAGUGCAUGUUCCCCAAAGCCUCUGAUACAACCUUCAAGAACAAGCUGAACGAUCAGCAUCUUGGCAAGAGUAAAGCCUAUGAGAAACCCAAACCUGGAAAGGGUAAAGCUGAGGCUCACUUCUCCCUGGUUCACUAUGCUGGUACAGUGGACUACAACAUCACUGGCUGGCUGGACAAGAACAAGGACCCGCUGAAUGAUUCAGUGGUUCAGCUCUACCAGAAGUCCUCAAACAAACUGCUUUGUCUCCUCUAUGUAGCUCAUGCUUCAACAGAGGACCUCAUGAUUGAUGUGGAGAGAGCUAAUUCUCUGGCUGCCAACCUUGACAAGAAGCAGAGGAACUUUGACAAAGUCUUGGCAGAAUGGAAGCAGAAGUAUGAGGAGAGCCAAGCUGAGCUGGAAGGAGCCCAAAAGGAGGCCCGCUCCCUGAGCACUGAGCUGUUCAAGAUGAAGAACUCCUAUGAAGAGGCUCUGGACCAACUGGAGACCAUGAAGAGAGAGAACAAGAACCUGCAGCAGGAGAUCUCAGAUUUGACCGAACAGAUUGGUGAGACUGGUAAGACCAUUCAUGAGUUGGAGAAAACUAAAAAGACUCUGGAUUCUGAGAAGACUGAAAUUCAAGCCGCACUGGAAGAAGCCGAGGGCACCCUGGAACAUGAAGAGGCCAAGAUUCUCCGCGUCCAGCUAGAGCUCAACCAGGUCAAGGGUGAAAUUGACAGGAAGCUGGCAGAGAAGGAUGAAGAAAUGGAGCAGAUCAAGAGAAACAGCCAGAGGGUGAUUGACUCCAUGCAGAGCACUCUGGAUGCUGAGAUCAGGAGCAGGAAUGAUGCCCUGAGAGUCAAGAAGAAGAUGGAGGGAGACCUGAACGAGAUGGAGAUCCAGCUGAGCCACGCCAACAGGCAGGCUGCCGAGGCCCAGAAACAACUGAGGAAUGUCCAGGGACAACUCAAGGAUGCCCAACUGCACCUUGAUGAUGCUGUCAGAGGUCAGGAGGACAUGAAGGAGCAGGUGGCCAUGGUGGAGCGCAGGAACGGUCUGAUGGUAGCUGAGAUUGARGAGCUGAGAGCYGCUCUGGAGCAGACAGAGCGAUCACGUAAAGUGGCCGAGCAGGAGUUGGUUGAUGCCAGUGAGCGUGUUGGACUGCUGCACUCUCAGAACACUAGCCUUCUGAACACCAAGAAGAAGCUGGAAGCUGAUCUGGUCCAGGUUCAGGGUGAGGUGGAGGAUGCUGUUCAGGAGGCCAGAAACGCUGAGGAGAAGGCCAAAAAGGCCAUCACUGAUGCUGCCAUGAUGGCUGAGGAGCUGAAGAAGGAGCAGGACACCAGUGCUCACCUGGAGAGGAUGAAGAAGAACCUGGAGAUUACAGUCAAGGACCUGCAGCACCGCCUGGAUGAGGCUGAGAACCUCGCCAUGAAGGGUGGCAAGAAGCAGCUCCAGAAAUUGGAGCAGAGGGUUCGUGAACUCGAGUCUGAGGUUGAAGGGGAGCAGAGACGUGGAGCCGAAGCUAUUAAAGGAGUCCGCAAAUAUGAGAGGAGAGUUAAAGAGCUGACCUACCAGACCGAGGAGGACAAGAAGAAUUUGGUCAGACUUCAAGACCUGGUUGAUAAGCUCCAGCUCAAGGUCAAGUCUUACAAGAGACAGGCUGAGGAAGCUGAGGAACAAGCCAACACCCAUAUGUCCAGGCUCAGGAAGGUCCAGCAUGAGAUGGAGGAGGCACAGGAGCGUGCUGACAUCGCUGAGUCUCAGGUCAACAAGCUCAGAGCCAAGAGCCGUGAUGCUGGAAAGUCGGAUUCUGCAGAGUAAGAGUCAUCAUUUACUGAAGACCUUUCAACGGAGUUCAUAAAAUAUGAACCGGUUGUUCGGGUAUCUUUCUUGUAACAAUAAAGAUGAGAAUUAUCAUUGGCUUUC